AUGAAGUACCUGUUGUCCCUUCUACACGUGAUCGUUCUGUGCAUUUAUAGGAAGGAACAGGGGGGUGAGUGCCAUGAUGACCUUGCGUGUGGUUACUUCACGAGGAGGAGCGGAGGAGGGCCUCUCAUAAAGGAGGGGAUGAUGACAACUCAGUCGAGGAUGUUGUAUGAGCUGAUGCGAAGGAGGAGAGGAGGAGCUCGACGUAGACGAAACAAUCGACGCAACAAAGGGCAUAACAGACGGCGUAAUAAACGGCGUAAUAAACGGCGUAAUAAACGACUCGCAAAGCAACGGAAGGCACAACGAAGGAAGGCGAAGAGAGAACAAAGGAAAAGGAGGAGGCAGAGGAAGAGAGCCGAACGGAAGAGGAAAAGAAAGGAGAAAAAAAAAAGGAGACAAGAAAAGAAGGAAAAGAAAAAACAAAGGAAAAGACAAAAGAAAGAAGAAAAGAAACAACUGAAGGAAAGAGACGCUCAGGGAUCAACUGAUGAUGUGCAGAUACAUCCAAAUCCUCAUGGGGAUGGAGAUGAGGAGGGUCAAGCGGGGCCUCCUCUCGUUGAGGCAAGUUACAGUGACGGAGCGGGUCCGUAUAAUGCGGUGGAAGAAGGUGCAUCUUCAGGAGUGGGAGUUCAUCGACCUGCAAGAAGUGGAGGGCCCAUUGACGCAUAUGGAUCGUACGGUACCUCACCGCUUGACGACACCACAGACGACUCUAGCCAUCUCCAACAGGGAGGUGGAGGCAAUACUUUGGAAAGAACUAGCCCCUACGAAGCCGAUCUAGGGGGAAAUGUGAAGGUUAUCCAUUUGGAAAGGCUAAAGAAGGAAUCCAAGGGAGAGCUGAUAAAUAAAAUUAGGGGGAUUCUAAAUACACUGGAAUGA